AUGCCCGCUUCAGUGCUCCAGGUGCGCCACCCAGGGACUCGGGGAGGAAGCAUUGAAGCUUCGUUUGUCCAAGGAAGCAAGGGUCGAUUUUCGAAACCUCCCUCAAGAAUCUCCAUGGAUUUGGCCGAACUCCCGACCGCCAGCAAGUGCGUGGCGCAGCCUACGCUGGAAGUGCCGAACGGCCUUGGAACUUGGAUGUGA